UUUGUACUUGUGUCUCUACUCUUUCGCUUCGCUUCGAGAUGUUCGCUAUGAUUCCUUCGCUACUUGAUGUGAAGUUGUUCCGCCCCAACGAACGCUAGGCCAUGCGUGCCAGGAUGCGAAUCGAAGUAGACGGGAAUUGACUCGGCUGGCGCCAAGCAUCUCGAAAACCUCCGCCGAUUUUGAAUGUCGUUCUCGACAAUGCUUAAUCCAGUUUUUGAGCACCAUUUAGCUACCGAUGCUGCUAGAUCCUUGACCGUGCGGAGAAUAAGGUAGGGAAAGCUGGGUCGACAUGCUAUGUCCCCCUCUCUCCCCACUGCUUCGAACGCCCGUCCAACCUCAUCCUUCUUCGAGGUCCGUACCACAGCAACGUCAGGACGCGGUGUUUUCGCCUUGAUCGACAUCCCACGAGACACGUUACUGCUCGAAACAUCCCUCGUCGCAGCCAGUGCUAUCUACAAGCCCUACGCCAAAGAAGUCUGCGCGCAAUGCUUCUCCUACGACCGCGGCGUCUUGUGGAAAAUCCGCGACAACGCCCGUAGCGUCGUGUUCUGCAGCGAGUCAUGCCAGACCAAUUGGACAACGGACAUGCCACCCGCAGCGCUCGUCGCUCGUGAAGAAGUCCAGAAUCUACUUGCUCGUAAGCAGAAGCUAUGGGACACGGAGAUCGAGGACUUCUCCAAACCCUCCCCAGAGGCCAUCGACAAGGCUUGGACAGCCGCCGAGGACAAAGCCACCCUCAUCCGCGCCGCUCGCUCAAUCCCAUCGCCGACGAAGGCGCAGCUCAAAGCUCUCCGGCAAGCUCAAUCACUUCACCCGGACCCAGAUACGAUAUGGUUCCUUCUCGACGCCGUUAUCCAGUCCAUCCGCCAACACGACAUCGUCGAGGUGACGGCCGAUCUCGCCGCCGAUUCUCAAGCGUUCAUCAACGCCGACGAUCUCAAUCUCCAUGUCGACGCAUAUCUGUCUUUGCUCUCCAUCAUCCCCCACAAGCUCCUUCCACACAUUCAGCCAUCAUUGUUGCGCACGAUCCAAUCACGCACAACGCACAAUUCCUUCGGCUUGCGCUCGCUCGACGAGGGCGGCGAGCUUGGAACGGCGGGAAGCGAGUGUUUCGGCUUCGGCGUCUGGCCGGCCGCAAGCUACUGGAAUCAUAGCUGCAAGCCGAACUUGACCAAGCAGCGGAACGGGAGGACGUGGAAGUUCUGGACAAGUCGGGACAUCCGGGCCGGCGAGGAGUUGUGUAUAAGUUACCUCGGUGGCGAUGAGAGGGAUAUGGACACGGCUGAACGGAGAGAAAAAUUGACGAGGAUAUGGGGAUUUGAGUGUCAAUGUGAGAGGUGUUCUCGUUCUGCUACUGUCGGUCAGAGCUGAAGCAACGGGAGAGCUUGAGUAUUGAACCUGCAUGUGAACCCAGACCACCUCAUGAUUUCCAAUGUUCACCCAGUCCUUUUUAGAAUGGUCCUGGAGGAACAGCUCGUCCAAGUAAUUCACUCAAUCUUCCGACGGGCUGGCUAUGUUUUCUGGCCUCAUGGCCUGGAAGAUGCAGAGUACUGCGCAAGCCACUCUGAAACAAAUCUGCUUGCUUACUCGAUACCACGGGUGCUACACACUACCUACCUAUGUACCAGACAGUUGUACUGUUUUGUUUGUUUGAGACGGUCGGGGUCAUUUCUAGGAGAAUGCUCAUCGCAGCGUGGCGUGCAACGCAAAGCUUCCCUCUCUCGUGCGGCGUUCCGCACUCACAGCCCUU